GGGUGAAGGGUGCGAGUCAGCAAAGCCGUCAUGCGAGAAUAAUAGGGCUGCGCGCCUCUAGCCGGCACUGGAUAGUCCGCUCCCACUUAGACUCCCAUAAUUUCCUCCUUUCAAUGAAGAAAGCGAGGUUCGGAGAGGUUAGGUGGCAGCGGAGGGUGGGGAGCCAAGGGAGAGCAAGGCCGUGCGGGAAGGGGCGAGCGCCGCGGCGGGGUGUGAGCCGUGUGUGGCAGUGGGGUUGGCGGCAGACGCCGGCGGGUGGGGGGCGGGCCAGCGGCAGCCCAGGGAGGGAAGCGGAGAGGCGGGCUCCGCCGGCACACGCCGCCCCUGGCAGGCGGCCUGAGUGCGCGUGAGGAGCCGCCGCCGCUGCUGCCGCUGCCGCCGCCGCCGCCGCCGCCGCCGCCGCUCGGGGUCGCCUUGAGCCCCAGAUUCCCGAGCGCUCGGCUCGCAUGGCAGCCGCCUCGGCGCCCAGCCCCGCGGCCCGCUAGGGGCGGCCCCGCGCCCUGGCUUGGCCCCACGGCGGAGCCCGUCGAUCCGGCCUCGCUCUGCGCCCUGGGCGCGCCGCCUCUGAGCUCGAGGAACCGGCGCCGUGCCGCUAUCUCCGCGUCGAUCGCCUGUGCUGUCCCACAGGUGUCCGCACGUCCGGCCGUCCGUCUGUCCGUUCCUCUCGGGGCCGGCGCUGACCAUGCUCAGCGGCUGCCGCUGUCUACAUCUCAUGUGCCUGCUGUGCAUCGUUGGGGCACCCGUUCAGCCUGCCCGAGCUGAUGACUGCAGCUCCCACUGUGACCUGGCCCACGGCUGCUGUGCGCCUGAUGGCUCCUGCAGGUGUGAUCCAGGCUGGGAAGGGCUGCACUGUGAGCGCUGUGUGAAGAUGCCUGGCUGCCAGCAUGGUUCCUGCCAUCAGCCCUGGCAGUGCAUCUGUCACAGUGGCUGGGCGGGCAAGUUCUGUGACAAAGAUGAGCACAUCUGUACCACGCAGUCCCCCUGCCGGAAUGGAGGCCAGUGCAUAUAUGACGGGGGCGGCGAGUACCACUGUGUGUGCCCACCAGGCUUUCAUGGGCGGGACUGUGAGCGCAAGACAGGACCCUGUGAGCAGGCUGGCUCCCCAUGUCGGAACGGCGGGCUGUGCCAGGACGACCAGGGCUUUGCCCUCAACUUCACUUGCCGCUGCUUAGCAGGCUAUGUGGGUGCCCACUGUGAGGUGAAUGUAGAUGACUGUCUGAUGCGGCCUUGUGCUAAUGGCGCCACCUGCCUGGACGGCAUAAACCGCUUCUCCUGCCUCUGCCCUGAGGGCUUUGCUGGACGCUUCUGCACCAUCAACCUGGAUGACUGUGCCAGCCGCCCAUGCCAGAGAGGGGCCCGCUGUCGGGACCGUGUCCAUGACUUCGACUGUCUCUGCCCCAGUGGCUAUGGCGGCAAGACUUGUGAGCUAGUCUUACCUGUCCCAGACCCCGCCACCACAGCAGACAUCCCCCCGGGGCCCACCUCAGCUGCGGCGGUACCAGCCACGGGACCUGUCCCUCACAGUGCGGGGGCUGGUCUGCUGCGAAUCUCCGUGAAGGAGGUGGUGCGGAGGCAAGAGGCCGGGCUUGGUGAGUCUAGCCUGGUGGCCAUGGUGGUGUUUGGGGCCCUCACUGCUGCCCUGGUCCUGUCAACGGCGUUGUUGACCCUGAGGGCCUGGCGCCGAGGUGUCUGUCCCCCUGGACCCUGUUGCUACCCUGCACCACACUACGCCCCAGCACGCCAGGACCAGGAAUGUCAGGUUAGCAUGCUGCCUGACAUGCCCCCUGAGCCUGGAAAGACCACAGCACUGUGAUGGAAGUGGGGGCUUUCCUGCCCCCUCCUUCACCUCCUCUGUCCCUCAGACUGGAGUGGUUCUUUCUUGCCACCCCUCAGCAGCCUCACACCAGAAAUAUUAUUUUUUUAAUACACAGAAUGUAAAAUGGGAAUUUUAUCCAAUAAAACUGUGGGAGUGUAA